ACCUUGAAAACAAAACAACAUUGUUCUGCUGAGAGCCUGCCAGUGGGAAAUAACAUAAGUGAUUGAGCCUUCUUUUCGAUUCCAAUCAAUUUUGAAAUCCAUUCUCAUCAGAGUCAUCACCCUUGACCCCGUAGGAAUUCAUGGUAUUUAUUGGUAUCCUUCAAUCCUAACUAAAACUAAAUUCAGCAGUUGAAGAAAUCCCCGCGAAAAUGGAUUUUCCUUCUCUCUCAUCUACCACCACACACUACCACUCUACUUUCUCUCUUCUCGCCGGAGAGCCCCACCCUCGAUUUUCUCUCUCCUCCAACAACUCCGGCGAACCUCCUUCCACUUCUUCCUGUUCUCCGCAUUUUCAGCCCAAAAUUCGCCGCCCCAAAACCCUCAAAACCACCACUUCCAAACCCCCACCUCCUCCUCCUCCUAAACCCCCUUCAAAUCCCCUCAAAUCCCUCCGUUUUCCCCAAAAUACCCCUUCCCCAUCUCCCCAUAAUCUCACUGCUAAGCUCCGCCUUACUAGCAAGAUUUCCCCGCCUCCGCCGCCUCCCCCGGUCCCGAACGAUGUCGUUUUUGGGGGUGUAUUUGAUGAGGAAGAUAAAGAGGAGAAGGAAGGAGAUAAGAGGGGUUCUGGGGUUUCUGGGAAAGUGGAAUUUCGGCAAGAGGGUAAGAUUUUUGUGGGGAAUUUACCAUUGUGGAUUAAGAAACCCGAGGUUACCGAGUUUUUUCGACAAUUCGGGCCGAUUAAGAGUGUGAUUUUGAUCAAAGGGCAUGAGGAUUUGGAGAGGAAUAUAGGAUUUGGGUUUGUUAUAUUUGGUGGGGAAAUGGCGGAGAAAUCGGCAUUGAGGGCUGUGGAGUUUGAUGGGGUGGAGUUUCAUGGAAGGGUUUUGACUGUGAAAUUGGAUGAUGGUAGGAGGUUGAAGACGAUUGCACAGGAGAGAGAGAGGUGGGUUCAGAGAGGGGAGGGGAGGGAGUUCCGGUCAAAAUGGCAUGAGGAGAGGGAUGAUUCCAGGAAGGUGUUUCGGAAGGUUGUCGAGUCACAGCCGGAGAAUUGGCAGGCCGUUGUUCGUGCAUUCGAGAGGAUUAAGAAGCCAUCUAGGAAAGAGUUUGGGCAGAUGGUAAAAUUUUAUGCAAGACGUGGGGACAUGCAUCGUGCACGUGAAACUUUUGAAAGCAUGCGAGCAAGAGGGAUUGAGCCAAAUUCACAUGUAUUUACAAGCCUUAUUCAUGCCUAUGCAGUUGGCAGAGACAUGGAAGAAGCACUGUCAUGUGUGAGGAAGAUGAAAGAAGAAGGGAUUGAAUUGACUUUGGUGACCUAUAGCAUUCUUGUUGGAGGCUUUGCUAGAGUUGGAUAUGUCGAGGCUGCAGAUCAAUGGUUCAAAGAGGCAAAAGAGAAGCAUACAACACUUAAUGCAAUAGUCUAUGGCAAUAUAAUCUAUGCCUAUUGUCAAACUUGUAAUAUGGAUCGCGCAGAAGCGCUUGUUAGGGAGAUGGAAGAACAGGGUAUUGAUGCCCCAAUUGACAUAUAUCACACGAUGAUGGAUGGUUACACCAUGAUUGGUGAUGAAGAAAAAUGUUUGAUUGUCUUUGAGAGACUGAAGGAAUGUGGCUUUGUGCCCUCAGUUGUCACCUAUGGAUGUCUAUUGAAUAUAUACACAAAGUCUGGAAAAGUUUCCAAGGCCCUUGAAGUAAGUGAAAUGAUGAAAUCUGCUGGGAUCAAACAUAACAUGAAGACUUAUUCCAUGUUGAUCAAUGGAUUCGUGAGGUUAAAAGAUUGGGCCAAUGCAUUUGCUAUUUUUGAAGAUGUUAUGAGAGAUGGUCUGAAACCUGAUGUAGUACUCUACAAUAAUAUAAUUCGAGCUUUUUCUGGAAUGGGUAACAUGGACCGUGCCAUUCGCUUAGUUGAGCAAAUGAAGAAAGAACGGCAUAAACCCACAACAAGGUCAUUCAUGCCCAUAAUUCAUGGCUUUGCAAGAGCUGGAGAAAUGAGAAGAGCCCUUGAGGUUUUCAAUAUGAUGCGAAGGAAUGGAUGUAUCCCAACUGUUCACACGUUCAAUGCAUUAAUCCUGGGCCUUGUAGAGAAGCGACAGAUGGAGAAAGCUGUUGAAAUAUUAGAUGAGAUGUCGUUGGCAGGGGUGGGCCCAAAUGAGCACACGUACACGACAAUUAUGCAAGGCUACGCAGCUCAAGGUGACACUGGAAAAGCUUUUGAAUAUUUUACUAAAGUGAAAGAGGAGGGACUUCAGCUUGAUGUGUUUGCAUAUGAAGCAUUGCUCAAGGCAUGCUGCAAAGCUGGGAGGAUGCAAAGUGCUCUGGCAGUUACAAGAGAGAUGAGUGCUCAGAAUAUCCCAAGGAAUACAUUUGUAUAUAACAUAUUAGUUGACGGAUGGGCUCGAAGAGGCGAUGUUUGGGAGGCUGCUGACUUGUUGCAACAAAUGAGAGAAGAUGGGGUGCAACCUGAUAUUCAUACUUACACAUCCUUCAUAAAUGCAUGCUGCAAGGCUGGAGAUAUGACUAGAGCAGCAAGGACAAUUCAAGAAAUGAAAGCUGUUGGAGUGAAGCCUAAUGUUAAGACUUACACAACAUUGAUACAUGGUUGGGCUCGUGCAUCUCUCCCAGAGAAGGCACUAAAAUGUUUUGAAGAGAUGAAAUCUGCUGGCUUAAAGCCAGAUAAAGCUGUGUAUCAUUGCCUAAUGACAUCAUUAUUGUCACGAGCAACUGUAGCAGAAGAGUACAUAUGUUCCGGAAUUCUGAAUAUAUCUAGAGAAAUGAUAGAAUCUGGCAUAACUGUUGAUAUGGGUACUGCAGUUCACUGGUCUAGGUGCUUGCGUAAGAUUGAAAGGACAGGCGGUGAGCUUACAGAAGCCCUACAGAAGACAUUUUCUCCUGAUUGGAAUGCAUUUAGUAAUGCCCCAGUGACAUCUCAACCAGAUGCUUGUGCAUCAGAAUCUGAUGCUGAUGACAUUGAUACAUGUUAUGAAGGUUUCACGGAUAGUGAUGAUGAUGAAGAAGAUCACAUAACAUUGUUAUAGUUAGUUGCUUUGCUGAUGAAAGCACAGCGUAGUUUACUUAAGCUGACUAGCUGGCACACUUUCUAACUGGCAGCCUGGCAGGUCUUCGUUUGUAAUUAUUGUUACCCUUUUUGUUUUGGCGGGGUUUUGGGAAGGGUUGCUCUUUUUUUUUUUUUUGACAGAAAGAGGGAGGGUUGCUCUGAUGUAUCAUGUAUAUGAUGUAUUGUUCUGUAUCUGUUCGGGACAGAAUUAGGUUAUUAUUAUUCUUUUAUAAUGUUUGUACUAAAAAGCUGUUAAUGUAUAUUGUAAGUGAACUUGGGAAUCAAUUAAGCUACACCAUGGACACAUUCAUUAUACAUAGGGUUAAUUGAAACCAUUAUCAUACUCUACUGGAAUCAAUUAAGCUACACCAUGGACACAUUCAUUAUACAUAGGGUUAAUUGAAACCAUUAUCA